UAAAGCUUCAGUCAAUUGAGAGCCCCUGGAGAAAAUGUCAGCGUUGGGAAAAUCAUUUGUGGGUCUUACGGGCUUACUACUCCUGACGAUCGGAUAUAUCUACAUCUUCAAGGACUGUUGGCAACCUCGCUGCUUGAAGCCCUUUGUUGAGAUUGGAGAUCGCUGCUAUUUCUUUUCCUCCAAUAAGCCGCCCUCGUUUGAGUAUUACAGAAUGGUCUAUAAGGACCGCGUAUUCAGCGUUCCGGUUAUAAUGGAUUGGAUGCACGCGAACUUCGGUUGCGAGACGAUUGAUCCCCAAGCCCGACUAGUGACUAUACGCAGCUUCCAUGAAAUGAGAUUACUCUCGGACUAUAUGCGUUAUCGGGCCCACGCCCAGACCCAUGCCAUAUUCUGGAGCGGCGGACAUCGAGGAAGGCUGUCCGAUUCUAAGGACGUCGAUCAUGGAACUUUAAAGGAUUUUUACUGGCACCAGGAUUCCUAUCCCAUGAACUUUACAAAUUUUGUGCCCACUGAGCAGCCGCAACGGAAGUUUGAGAAUGGCUUUUGUGUUUAUCUGGAGUUCAUGGGAGAGGAGCUGGUAAUGGGCGUGGAAAAGUGUGAUAGAAAAAUAGCGUUCGUUUGCGAACUAAAUUGA